AUGCAUCUAAACAAGCUCAGGGACAGCACUGGGAAGAAGCUGGUGGAAUACAUUGAGAUAAAUAGUUGGUUAUUCUUCACUCGGAUGGAAGGAGGGAAAUAUGCAAGUGAAGUUGAUGAAGUUAACUUCGAUCAAAACUACUAUGUUACAUGGGGAUCAAACCAUGCCAUUGUUCUUGACGAGGGAAAAACAGUCCAACUUUUAAUAGAUGAGUAUUCAGGAGGAGGAUAUAGUUCAAAGCAGGAUUAUGUCUCGGGACAUUUUGGAAUGAGGAUGAAAAUACCAAAAAAGAACUCAAAAGGAGUGAUCACAACUUUUUAUUUAACUUCCGUGCCAGUUAACCAACAGGCAAGUAAUUAUCACGAUGAGAUUGACUUUGAAUUCUUGGGUAACAAUGGGAUGCCUUAUACAUUGCAUACCAAUGUAUUUGCAAGUGAUAAUGGUGGAAGGGAGCAAGAGUUUCAUCUAUGGUUUGACCCCACUGAGGAUUUCCAUACUUAUGAAAUUCUAUGGAACCAACAUCAAAUAGUAUUUUUUGUGGACAAAGUCCCCAUUAGAGUGUUCAAGAACAAUACAAAUAUUGGAGUGAAUUUCCCAUCACAAUCCAUGCAUAUAGAGGCAAGCAUAUGGAAUUCAACUUCUUGGCAAGGAGAUGUGGAUUGGAGUAAAGGACCCUUCACAGCCUUUUAUCAAGCUUUCAAAAUCCAUGGCUGCCCAUAUCAAAGCUCAAACCCUCAUAUGUGUUACUCUUUGGCCUUGCCUUGGAAUGGGGAGGAUUGGCAACUCAACCCUCAACAACGAGCGAUUCUUGGAGAUGUUAGAAAAAAUUACAUGACUUAUGAUUAUUGUUCUCAACGCUCCCAAAAUUAUCCAGAAUGCUCAAGUUAG